ACUGAGGGUUACAGUGUGUUGUUGUUCACCACACCCCAUGAUAAAUCUUAUUCUAGGCAUUUUUCUGCGAACCAGCCUGUUGCGUACUGACGGGACAGAAGGAUUUCUAUGUAAUUUCCACCUUUUUUUUAAAAGGAUUUAAAAUAUUUUUAUCACAUUAGAAGCAGAGAAGAAUCUUUAUAUUUAUAGAAAGUGAGGACUGUACAGAUCUAUCGGAAUAUCGCUGUUCAUCUCUGUGUUUUUUAUUAACUUGGAAGAGAAAAAAACACGUAUGUUCAUUAAGUUUUGCGUUUUUAAUCUUUUCCAAACGCAGAAAAUAUUCUUGUUUUUCAGUUUCUGGAACUCUAAACUCCACUUUUAAAUUCAUACAACUGCAGAUAUAAAAGGACAAAUAUUACAACAAUCCGAAUUUGAAGAGCGAAGUGAUUUCUGUGCGUAAAGGCGCUCCAUGGCGCACAUGUGCAGGCAGAUCACCGGCAGCGCGGCGAGCUGCGCGGGCUGGGUCGGGGUCAUCAUCGCCACGGCCACCAACGACUGGGUCCGGACCUGCGACUACACGGUGGCCACCUGCAUCCGCAUGGACGAGCUCGGCUCCCGGGGCCUCUGGGCCGAGUGCGUCAUCUCCCCGGCGCUCUACCACUGCGUGGCCCUCAACCAGAUCCUCACCCUGCCCGCCUACAUCCAGACGUCUCGUGCUCUGAUGGUGUGCGCGUGUCUUCUCGGUCUCCCUGCGAUGCUGCUGGUGCUCAUGGGGAUGCCCUUCGUCCGGCUGCAGAACGACACGUCUGCCAUCAAGCUGCGCCGAGCCCGAGUGGGAGGCGUCCUCAUAAUCCUCAUGGCUCUGUGCGGCAUCGUGUCGACAGUCUGGUUCCCCAUCGGCGUUCACCAAUCCGAGGGUCUGAUGUCAUUCGGCUUCUCUCUGUACGCCGGCUGGGUCGGCUCCGCUCUCUGUCUCCUGGGCGGCUCCAUGAUCCUGUGUUGUCACGGCACCGACCCCGGGUCUCCGAGCAGAGAGAACAGCUUCUACUACUCCAGACAGCGAGGCACGGCCAUGCCGUUCGACCCCCCCGCCAACCACGCCAAGAGCGCACAUGUGUGAAGGUGUGGCUCGCUAGGGAUGAUGGGAAGGUGUCUGUAAUUCAUUUCAUAGACUGUACAUGAUCCUAAACAAGUCUGUGCAUUAAUCUUUUUACAGUUUGAAUAUUUAGCUGAUGCUUGUUUAUGAUGUAGAGGUUUGGCGUCUGGAGUCACACGGUUACAGAAACCUUCUCUUGGUGCUAAAAGGAUCUUAUUGGUUGAAUUAAAUCUCACUGGAUGGAGCCAAAGAACCAGAUUUUCUGACAAAAGUAAAGUUUUUGGGAUAUCAAAUUGUCACCAAACAAAACAAAAUCUUAUUACCUUAUAAUCAAAUGACACUGUGCACUUAAUUCAAAUGAAUAGAAGCAAAGCUCAUCCACGUGUUUGUCAUAAUGGACCAGUGUGGUGAAUUUAGUGGCAUCUAGUGGAACAGACUUGG